CAGCGUUGAGUUUGGAUGGAAAUUUGGGGGCCAAAGCCGAUCGACCAGGGGUGCCCCCCCCCCAUCACAUUAUAAUAGGCGCGCCCGGACUCUCCUGUCAGGCUCAGACAGCCCUUCUGCAUAUUAAGGUGGGUGUCUGUUCCAGCCGCUUGAUGUUUCAUCUUUCCCUCCACGCGGGCCGUUUCUCUUGUACCCGUUGCUAGAUAGACAUCAUCAUGGAGACUGCCCGAGAUAUUGUUGAGAGGCGCACGCAGCUGUCUCGCGAUGCGAAGGAUGUCGCCAUUGUCUUGUCCAUUUCGCUCUUUCUGGCGACGCUGGCGAUGGGGUUCCGGCUGUGGGUUUCUAGGACACGGAAGCAGAUGCUUCAGGCGUCGGAGUAUAUGGCGCUCGGGUCUUUGAUCCUUCUCUACUCCUAUGCAGUGACAACAUAUCUGAUCCUGACAAUUGGGCAUGGCGGCUACCCAGCAUCACUCACGCCGGACUGGCGGGUUUCGUUCGCACAGAAGUGCAUCUACUAUCUUAAGAUGGCGGACCCCGUGGGGCUCGGCCUGGUCAAAUGCAGCAUCUUAAUGGUGCUCUUGAGGGUCUUUGCGGCUUCAUCCAAAGCCACCCGGCUCACCAUCCAGGCCAUCCUGAUCCUCUGUGUGUGCUGGAGCCUCAUGGCUCCCCUGGUGGUGUUAUUAGACUGCCUCCCGCUGCAAUACAACUGGAGCUUGCAACAUUCAGCCGGCCACUGCAUCAACCGGAACGCCGCGUUCUCAGCCAUCAGCUCCAUUGACGCUGCGACCAACGCUGCCAUCAUCCUCAUCCCGCUAUCCCAGGCCGCGGGGGUGAAGAUUUCCCGACCAGAGAAACUAGUACUGUCCGGCAGCCUCAUCAUGGGUCUAUUCAUCUUCGCCGUCGCGGUAAUCCGCACCGUCGCGAUCGCCAGAGCCGACUACGUCCGCAUGCACGAGACCGGCAAGAUGCUUCCCAUCUGGAUGACCGUCGAAUGGGCAGUCGCCAUCAUAGUCGCCAGCGUGCCCGGUCUAUGGCCUCUAGUCGACUGCAUCGCAUUCCGCGACCCCUUCCGCUCCGCCGACAACGAACUGUGCGAACGACCCGCUUACGACCUCUCCUCUCAUCUCCUGGGCCGACUACGCGCCCCGACCUUGGCCGACUGCGCUCGAACGUUCACCCCCACGAAAGGCGCCGCCAUCGAGACAGGCUCGGUGCAUUCCUCCCAAUCCAUCAUCCGGGGCAUGGGAACCACGUGGGCAGAGGCGUCCGUUCAGGCCCAGCGACCGGGGUCUUUCCUGUCGUUGGAGCCGGGCGAGGUCCGCGUGCAGACGGAAUGGUCCGUGGAGCGGACAUCAUUCGUGAGAACGGUGCAGGAGAAAAUCGAUCGAUAGAUCGAUAGAUAGUCUAGUCGCUAGACAGCUAAUUUGAGUAAAAUUGCAGCCCCCCAGUCUAGGACUGUCCAAACGUG